CGCACCCUCCAAGCAAUCUCGUAACAAUCGUACUACAACUCACMUACCAGUAAAGUACGGGACAAUCGAGAAAAAUAAACAUCGAGGAACUCAAUCUACGGUAUUUGCCGUCGAUCGAUUGAUCCGGAUCUGCUAGAACCUAUUCUAUCAUUUGAAAAACAGACUCUUGAUCUACGACACGUAUCGUAACGCAAGACACCCAAUCGCAACCAUGAUGAAAAGCUGGGCCGACCACUGCUCCUCCGACGAGGACACGGAUGACAACUUCUCCGUGGGAGAUGAAGAGCAACAGAGUGACGACGAUGCCUGCGAGGAGACAUCGAUCGAGGACGACUUUUCCGAUAAGGUCCGGUUGCAGGAGCAACAACAGGAAAGAACCUACGAUUUCCCCGAUCGUCCCCCCUUUACCGCCUUUAUAGGAAAUCUCUCCUAUGACAUCCAGGAAGCCGACCAGCUCCAAAAGGCCCUGGUGGACGUCGUCUUUCGGCACCUCGGGGAGCGUAUCACUCCCCUGGGGGGACACAUUUCCUACGACCGCGACAACAAUCGGCAACACCGUGGGUUCGGGUAUGUGGAGUUGAACACCCUGGAAGAGGUACGUGAUGGAAACCGGUGCAACGCAGCAACUUGCGGCGUUCUUUUACCGCAUUCGAUGUUUUGAGCUCGCAUCAUGAAAAGGACCGUUGGCACGAUGCCGAUCUUCUUUGAAUCGAUUCUCGAUUGGGUUUGUAUCUUACAAUCCGUCUUUUUUCUUGCCCUUCCCGUCUUGCCUUUGUAUCCACACAGCUCAAGAUUGUCAUGAAACUCAACGACGAUGGGCAGGCAAAGCUGGCGGGGCGAAAGGUUCAGGUGAACACCGCGAACAACCACAAUCGAUCGAACAACAAUUUUAACAAUCGCCGAGGAAGCUCGCACAAUCACCACCAGAAUCACAGUCGGGGAUCUUUCCAGAACGAUCAUCGUCGCAACAGUAAUAGCAGCGGCAACAAUAGCACCGRCCAAAAACCGUACGAGAAAGUUGAUGGAUCCAAGUUUCGAGGAGGUAUAUUCAGCAACAAGAACAACAACAACGGCAGUCACAACAACGGCAGUCACAACAACCGCAAUAGCAACCGUUCGCAACCUACCCGGGGCGCUGCUGUACCCCGUGAACGGCCUAGCUUGAAACUGGCGCCCCGAAGCAAGCCCAUCGAAGGAGAGGGACGCUCGUCCGCGUCCAAUAUCUUUGGAGGUGCCAAGGCACGCGACGAGCAAGCAUGGGAAAAAAAUAGGCACGAAAGGGAAGAGAAACAGAAGCAGGAAAAACAAGCCAACGAAAAGAAGUCAACAGCCAAGAAGCACAAUAACAACAACAACAACAACAAUAGCAACAACAGCAACAAGGGAGAUGAGAAAAACCGGGGCAGUGACGACAAUAGCAACAAACGACCUACGGGAAAAAAUCGUAAGGAAUCGGGAGAAUGGGAGACAACUAACGCUAUGGACAGCAAAACAAAAAACKCGGCGCAGCAAAACCGGCGAAGCAGCGGGCGUGCAGGGGCGGGAGGACGCGRUGGAAAGGACCGCGGUCGAGGGAAUCACCAGCAACGCGGCGGAAACAACAGCAACCACGGUGGGCGAGGCGAUUCGAGGCGCGGUUCUUCUGCGCGAAACAAACAAAAUGAGAAGAAGAACCACGACAAAAAACAGCAGCAGGCCGAAGAAAAGGCCACUGCCACCGCCGUGGCUGCAAAGGCCAACAACAGGAACAACAAGGCCACCGAAAGCGCCCCGAAGCCGGUGGCACCGAGGAACAAGUUUGCCCUCUUGGACGAUUCCGAUUCGGAUUAAGUAAGCUUAGCCAAAAGGAAGUCGGCAGAAAUCAUGGUUUUGGGAAGGUAGUAGAGGACAUAGUUACAGCACAACCUUACAGAAAAUACCAAAGAGACGCAGCACAACUCCCAAAACUGUGCCACUUGUGUUGAUUGCUUUGUAGCCUGCCCGCAUACACAAAUCAUGAAAUACUUGGUUUCUUGAUACCGGUAUGCGGUCAUUUUUUCUAAGAGGCAAACUUGGAAAAUGGACGAAAAAAAGGAAAAAAUGGAAGCAAACUGGAAUCCAACCAAUUAUAACUGGUAUCCACUUGUCAWASAAGAAACUAGAUGUAUAUUGUUGUUACGUGUCUAGCACAAAUAGAAUAAUGAUUUAAUUUACAU